AUGAACUACCCUGGGAAGCCAUCGGUUUUCGUUUCUUCUCCACUUCCAAGGAUUCCGUACUUGGAUUUCCCAAAAUGCCCUCACCGACGCUACUACCACCGUACAAUCUCGAAUUCCCUCCGUCGCCACCACCGUCGCCGCCUUCUUUCCAAGAAGCCCAACCCCAUCAACCCCUCCUCUCCUCUGCCGUCCAAUCAAAAUCUCCAGUAUGUGAUAAACCUUGAAAAUAUACCAAACAAAACAUCUUUAUAUAUCGAAAAGUUCAUCAGCUUGUCAAACGAAACCUACAAAGACUUGCAAACCCUAAUCACUGUUGAUGCUGAUCACAGGGUUAUGAUCUCCUGCCGCAGGUCCACGGUUAGAUUCUUAGGCAGUUUGAUAAUUUGCGGGUUUUUAAUAGUCUUUGCAUUUAGGGUUCUGAUAGAAUUAGGGCUUGGGUUGAAGAAUCGAUUCGGAUACGGGCAUAGCGGGAAUGUUAUUAGGAGGAGAGAUAGGAGUUUAGGCGGAAAAGAAGUGGUGGUUGGGAUUAAGCAAAACAAGAAAAAUGAAUUUAAGGUUUUGAAAAAUCCUUUAUCUUCUACUAGGGGUAAUGUUGGUGAAAUUUCUGAAACAAUGCCGAAGAAUUGGGGUAGGAACUGGGGUAGGAGAAUGGAGGAAAAGUUGCCAAAAUGGUGGCCAGGUUCGGUUCCAGGUCCAGGUCUAGAUGGGAUGGUGGACAAGGAGGAGUAUCAGAGAAUGGCUAACCAAUUAAUUCGAGGUCAGUUUAAGGUUAUUUUUGUUAUUAAUUAA